AAGAUUGCUGAUGAGGCUGCUGAUCGUGCCUAUGAUGAGAGGGCUUUGGCUUAUGAGGAGGCUCUUCAGACGUAUCAUGGUGCUUUGUCUGUUUACACCCAGUGGCUUGAUGAUGAUGCUCGUGCUGCAGCGCCGUUCUCACUGCUAGUGUUCUGCCUCAGUUUGCUUCUGAGUUUCUGGGUCUUCCUACUGUCUUCCAGAUGUGGACCCGUCUUCGUCAGCGCUAUGAGCCCUCUGGUGAUGCCUUAUACCUUUCUGUGGUUCGUCAGGAGCAUGCUCUUCAGCAGGGUGACUCUACUGUUGAUGACUUUUAUGCACAGAGUUCUGCCAUCUGGCGCCAGCUUGAUUCUCUCCGCAGUGCUGGUUGUCGUGCUUGCCCCUGUUGCCAGGCUGUCCAGGCCGAUUUGGAGUUUCAUCGCGUUUACGAGUUCCUGUCUCGGCUCCGUAAGGAGUUUGAGCCCCGGCGUGCUCAGUUGCUUGCUCGUGGCCGUAUUUCUCUCAUGGAGGCGCUUUCAGAGAUUCGUGCUGAGGAGACUCGCCUACGUGGUGCUGGUUUGCUGGAGGUUCCCUCUGUGCUCGCUACUCGGGUUUCUUCCACUCCACCUGCUGCACCGCCCCAUUCUCGCUCGAGUGCUCCGCCGCUCUUGCCCACUCCUUCUGGAGGCUCAGGUCGCCCCCGUUCACAUUGUGACUACUGCAACAAUGAUGGUCAUAUUGAGUCCCAGUGCUACACCAAGCGGAAACACCUGCGCAAGGCGCGAUCAUCAGGGACUGCGUCAUCUCCCUCGCCAGCUUCAGCCAUUGCUUUGACCGAGCAGGAUAUUCUGAGACUUAAGCGUCUGCUCGCGGCUUCAGGUUCUUCCUCGACGGGUACUGCUGGUUCUGUGACUGAUGCUUCCCGCACUGAGCACCCGCCCUCUACACAGUCAGGAUCGUCGCACGCACACUCUGGUUGGGGCUGGCCCUUGCCGCCGUGAUUCUCAGGGUCUUUGGGAGUUGGACUGGCUUCAUGUUCCUUCCGCUGCCACCACCAUCGCCAGUUCCUCCGCUGCUGUCGCUUCUGUUACUGGUUCCUUCAAGCAGUGGCAUCAUCGACUUGGUCAUCUGUGUGGUUCUCGAUUAUCGUCUUUAGUUCGUCGAGGUCUUCUGGGGUCUGUCUCAGGAGAUGUCUCUUUAGAGUGUCAGGGUUGUCGUCUUGGCAAGCAGAUUCAGCUACCAUAUUCUCAUAGUGAGUCAGUG